ACAACAAAUAAUUAAACUAUGAAAAAACGCACACAUCGUGUUGCUAUCAGUUGAUAUUCUAAUAACGUUGACUACAGUGUAUUCACUACACCUACGCGCGAGUUGAGACUGACGCUGAUAUAAUAGCAUGGAAAAUGCUACAUUUUUAACAAAAGUAAUGUUAGCCCUUUUGGAAGAAGAAGAGGAAACGUGAUCGUUAAGCCACAAAUACAACAACAAAAUACAAGUGCAAAUGCAUUGUUUCUUUGUGUGUGUAAUAAAGUCACGAUAUACUUAACUUGCGGUGUUUUUUACGCAUUUGCCAUUUUUAUAAAUAAGCGUGUGAAUCUAUUCAAUUAAAGUCGUCUGCAAAAUAAUUGAAUUUCAUGAAUUGUUAAUUAACACAAAGCAGAACGAUACAACGCAAACAUGAAGCUGCGAAUCGAUAAGGACUUGGUGCCUAUGAAGGCACAUUACUUUCUCUUCAAUGGCGGCACCGCACCCGUUGUACCCUUUAUGCCGCAGUUGGCGCGGCAACUGGGCUACUCAUCUGUAGUGGUGGGCACGAUGUACAUGAUAUUACCUAUAAUUGGAAUGCUAGCCAAGCCUCUCUUCGGCUACAUAGCCGAUCGAUUCAAUCGUCAUCGCUUUCUAUUUCUGGCUGGUCAGCUCAUAACCGCUGUGGCCUUUUUUCUCAUCAUGUUUGUGCCUGCUGUGGACAAACCCUUGCCAGAAGUACAGUUCCAUUGCCAUGCUGGUAUUUCCAAUAUACGUCACUGCGAUAUAUAUGAGAAGCAGAUGGAAAAGACACUGGAAAACUAUUACGGCAAUACCACAUUAGCUUGCCAGAUGCACUGCGCUAUGAAGCCUGAAUACUGGGACAUUGUCUGUGACAACUGGUUGGCGAAUAAGACGAGCAAUUGCGCCAGUAAUCGCACGCAGGCCUCGCUUAACUUUACCACCUAUAUAAGCACGCGCGAUAUUGUGGAACUACCUCAGCUUCAUAGCAAAGUCAAGUGCCUUAACUUUAUAAUACCAAGCGAUCAAGGCACAUGGAAUGCCCAAAAUAUUACGCUAUAUUGUCCCAAGAACAAGAGUGAGAUGGAUGUCAAUUGUACGAUGGACUGCCAUGACGCGUAUCUCAAUCAACAGCUUAACCAAGCAAGGGCUAUGAAUACAAGCGAGGCAAUGGCACAGCCGGAGUUUUGGUUCUUCUUUGGCAUGCUCAUCGUAAGCUGGAUAGGCAUGGCUGUGGUGGUAAGUAUAGGCGAUGCCAUAUGUUUUGGCAUCUUGGGCGAGCGCCAUCAUCUUUAUGGCAAGCAACGUUUGUGCGGUUCACUGGGCUGGGGAUUGUUUGCCGUGCUGGCGGGUCUGCUGGUGGACAAAAUGUCCCCUAGCGAUGGUGAUAAAAACUAUACAAUUGUUUUCUGGAUGACUUUGGUUAUUCUAGGCUUUGAUAUGUUGGCUUCAACCAAGCUAAAGCACACACAAACGCACAUGUCAGCGAAUAUAUUGAAAGAUGUUGGCCAAAUGUUUCUCUCCAUGCGCUGUGUUGUCUUCUUUCUCUGGUGCGUGGCCAUAGGCUUGUGCACAGCCCUCAUUUGGAACUUCUUGUUUAUUUAUCUGGAGGAGCUGAACGUGGUGCAUGGCAGCAGCAGUUCCAUUAAAACCUUGGAAGGCUUGGUUAUGGGCAUACAAUGCUUUGGCGGCGAGCUACCCUUCUUUUUUAUGUCUGGUUGGAUAUUGAAACGCAUUGGACAUGUGAAUGCCAUGAGUCUAGUGUUGCUUGGCUUCGGUGUACGCUUUAUACUUUACUCCAUGCUGCAAGAUCCUUGGUAUAUACUACCCAUCGAGCUUCUGAAUGGCGUUACAUUUGGACUCUUCUAUGCCACUAUGGCUUCAUAUGCUAGCAUUGUGGCGCCACCAGGCACCGAGGCAACUAUGCAGAGUCUUGUGGGCGCCAUAUUCGAGGGAGUAGGCGUUUCGAUGGGCAGCCAAAUUGGUGGUCAACUUUUUGAAGCAGUUAGUGGCCGCACUACAUUUGAAAUCUUUGGCAUUGCCGCUUUUAUUGUGUUUAUUAUACAUGUGUGCCUCCAAAUGUAUUUGAAUCGCAAUGGGCCAGCUGAAAAUGGUAAGGCUAGGACUUCUACAACCUCAGCUACAGCCUCUACAAAAGCUAAAGACAUUGAGCUACCGUUUAGCAGCAAGACUAACGACGGUUUUAGUGAUGUUGAUUUAAAUUGAGCUUUGAAUUUGUAUAAAAGAAUGACUUUAAAUUGUCAUUUGUAUACCAAAAAGAACUUGAAUAAUUUUGAAAAUUAUUUAAGCGCACGAAUUUAGUUACAGUUUUAGAAUUAAAACAUUGUUUACCUAGAAGAAUGUUCCUUCAACCAUAUAUUAUGUCUUUUGGCAUAUGAUGACUUUAACAAUAACUUAAAAUAUAACUUAGGCUUAAGUGUAGCUGAAAACGUCACAAUUUUUUUUACAUUCUGUAAGCUUACGAAAAUAAAAUUGGAUAAAGAUAUUAAAUAUAACACUCUGCACAUUCAACUAACACCUCCCACACAAAAAUAAAUGCACUUUUUAACGGUAUUUAUACAAAUUACUAUGCAAUAACUAAUACUUUUGAA